GCGUGCGCAUAGCGCGCGUGGGUCCUAAACUAGUGGUGUUUCGUGGGUUAUCCUUGCAAAUGGGUUCCGCGGCCUAGCGCCCCCGGCGUUGCCACUAGUGGCCUUGCACCGAAUCCUGCAAGGAGGGGAAGGGUCUCUGUCGAGCGCCACGGCCCUGAAGCAUGGCAGCCAUCCCUUCCAGCGGCUCGCUCGUGGCUACCCAUGACUACUAUCGGCGACGCCUGGGCUCCUCGUCCAGCAACAGCUCUGGCGGAAGUGCCGGAAGUGCCGAGUACCCGGGGGACGCCGUGCCCAACUCCCCGGGUCUUCCCAAAGCCGAUCCGGGCCACUGGUGGACCAGCUUCUUUUUCGGGAAAUCCACCCUCCCGUUCAUGGCCACAGUGUUGGAGUCUCCUGAGCACUCAGCAGAAUCCCCCCAGGCCUCCAGAAGCCCCAUCACCUGUGGCCUGGCUCCUGAAGCCAUGAAGAAGCAGCCAGUCAUCCAUCCUGGCCAGACCAACACCAGGGCCCCGUCCUGACCUGUCAGAAUCAGCAGCCUGCCCAAACUUAGGUGGUGCUAAGCCAGAGCCUACCCUCACAACCCUCCCUGUAAACUAGGAAGACGGAAUGACACCAGCAGGAACUGGAGAGAGCCCCACUUGUUUCACAGCACUGAGCUUUCUUGACCCCCUUAACUGUGUCUUGCACAAAGCAGAAAAUAAACUCAGAGCAGCCAUCCUC